CUCUCAAGUUAUAUGUUAUCAGUAGUUUUUAUAUUCAGUUUAGGGUUAUAAACUAAUUAACAAAACAUUGUUUAGUAACGUGGAAAAGGAAAGAGAUAGGCCGACCAAAUACGGGCGGUGGAUCGGCCUUAUCUGUUUCCUAUAAAACAAGCCUAGUCGAGUCUUUGUUUCUAGCUUAGGGUUUGGUUUCAGAGGAAGGAAAGAACGAACGAACGCAAAUCAAAUCGAAGAGGGUUGGAUGGAUCGUGACAGCAAUGAUGGACGUAUUCCCUUAAGCAGCCUUUCCUGCUACAAAGAAAUGUGUAGGCUUGCUGAUAAGGAUUGUCACUUUUCCACAAUUCGACGCCCUCCCCUUUUGUUCAGAGACGUGUACGAGAUGGUGAAUGAUCCUUCAACUGAUUCAGUUGUCUCCUGGGGUGAUAGCGGCAAGAGCUUCAUCGUCUGGAAGGAAUCUGAGUUCCUCGGAGAUGUUCUUCCUAGGUGCUUAUCCUAUGAUUACAAAGAUAUGACAUCUUUCACCACCAAGUUUCAUGCCCUCGGCUAUAAUAAAGUUGAAGAAUCUGUGCAUUGGGAAUACACAGCCAAUUAUUUGGUGAGAGGACAGCCUCCCUCCCCUAAGGAUCCAUCCCCAUGUACUUCUGCUGAUCUUUUGACGAUGGUUACUCCAGAAUAUGCCAAAAUCUACGAGUGGUCCUUUGCUUACAUUAAGGAUCGCAAACAAUAAGCUCUGUUGGUUCUGUUCAAUGGAGUUGCUUUGCUCUCGUUGUUUUCUUAAUCGUAUUUUAUCGUCCUGUUUGAAAACAUUGGGUUUGGUCUCUCUCUCCUUUUCUUUUAACUUAUGGUUGUAAGAUAAAAGAUGUUUGCAUUUUAAUAAAAGGUAGAUCAUUAUGAUCUUUUGGUUC